UACCAUAAAAAUAAGUAAUGUUGGUUACGUCAUAAUGCUAUGCAACUCGAAUAUUAAGAAGAAGAAACAAAUGUUUCUUUUUGAAGAAAAUAGUGUACAUGAAAAAGUUUCUCUACAUCAGCAAUAUACAUUAUUUAUCAUUUACACCUUUGAAUCAGAAAUUCCUUCAGAUCGUUAGAAACUCUAGACAGUUGUCUGGGAAAAUGGGAUUUCAAAUGCUUGUUUUUGUAAGAUACGAAGUCAUAUCUAAUGAAUGAUAAUUCAGUUAUAAAAUGAUUCGUAAUAAAAGGAUGAUUUGAAAACUUAGACUAGAACAGUUGUAAUUGAAUUACAGGUACAGAUAAAUUUGUUUUUAACUUUGAGAAAUAGUGGCACGAAUUUUCUGGACUCGUCAAAUAUUAUAUUGGAUAAUAUAUCGCAUUGUUCUAUGGGUCAUUGAUAUUCUUCACCAUGACGCAAAGAAAGAAAGAGUUUAACGAGAGAACAGAAAUCCUCCACGAAGACUCCAAAGGCUGUAUGAGCAAGAAGCGAAUGAUUAAAAACAUUGCAGUAGUUUGCUUUGGUGUCUUCUUCCUUUUUACUGCAUAUGAUGGACCUGUUAUGUUACAGAGCACAAUGAACAAGGAAGGAGGUAUCGGCGUCAUUUGCCAAGCAAUAGACUACGCCGCUUUCUGCAUAUCUUCCUUACUGUUUCCAAAAUACAUAAUUAAAAGAUUUGGAAGCAAAGCAACUUUUGUCGCUUCCAUGUUGACUUACAUUCCAUACAUAGCGGCAAACUAUUACCCUCAUUGGUCACUAAUGCUCCCCACAUCUAUAUUAAUUGGAUUGGGUGCAGCAACUUUGUGGGGUUCUCAAGCAACUUAUCUAAAUGAUAUAUCUGUAAUGUUUGCUGAAUUAAACCUUUCGAAGAAAGAAAACAUAAGAUCCAAAAGAGGAUCUAAUGAGUCAAAUAUGUUUUAUUCUGAUAAAAAUCUUAAAGAAACUGUCAUUUCUCAGAAUGACUUUAAUUCAGAAAGGAAGAGAUAUUCCAAUAGGGAAUCUUCCACCUCAACAAACAUUGCAAACAAUUUUGCCAAUGAAGAUGGGUAUGUCGAGAGAUCAAAUGGGAUUGGUAAUCUCUACAAUUCUGCAGAAACUGUGAUCGUAGAUGAAAAAUCAAACGUAGAUUUCAACGUACCUUCCAAAACAGAUAAUAUUUUCAAUGAAAACUCUCAAACAUCGCCAAAUAACAGUAAUUUGGCAAUAAGGAAGAAAGAGAUCGAGUCUGUGACAGCUCGUGUGUUUGGCAUCCAUGGUAUGUCAUACCUAAUAUGCCAUUUAUCUGGUAACAUGAUUUCGUACUUCAUUACGAAGAGUGGAAUUGAUCCUCAGAAUUCUUUAAGCAACUACACUUGUGUGUGCGGUGCUGAAUACUGCAACAUCGAGUCGAACUGUUUUACGCAAAACGUGGACCAGAUAUCGGAUGAGAUAAGAAUAACUUUAACUUCGGUUUGUGUUGCAUUGGGCAUUUUAUCUGUCAUAAUUGUGGCUGUAUUUCUGGAUCCAUUAGAUUCAGAUUCCAAGAAAGCUACUUUCUCUUUAGAUUUGUUGAUGGCAACAUUUAACUUGGCUAAACGUCUCGAUUUGGUGCUGUUAAUUCCGUCAUCGUUUUAUAUUGGACAAGCACAAGGUUUCUUUGCAGGAGAAUUUAACAAGGCGUUCAUUGGCUGUGCUUGGGGAACGUACCACGUUGCACUUGUUUCAAUAUGUUACGGAUUCUUCUGUGCAGUUUUUGCAUCAUCUUCAGGCUGGCUAGUAAAGCUAUUUAAUCGAAUACCGGUUUUUACAUUUGCUGCUGUUCUAAAUAUAGCGUCAAAUAUUCUGUUACUUCUUUGGAGUCCAGAUCCUCAUCAUCCUGAAAUAUUUUUUAUAUUUGCUGGAAUGUGGGGUGCUUUCGUAGGAAUUAUAUGGUCUCAGCUGAGAGCCUUCUAUGGAGUGCUUUUCAAAGCAGAGGAAGAAGCUGCCUUUUCAGCCUUUCAUGUGUGGUACGCACUUGGCUUCUGUUUGUCUUUCGCCUACAGCAACUACUUCUGCACAUCCAUUAAAAUAUACGUUCUUCUGAUUAUAUCCAGUCUAGGAUACAUCGGGUAUUUAUUUGUGGAGAAACGAUUUGCCAGUUGGAAAAACUUUAAAAGUGAAGUAGGAAUUGAUGAGGCGACAAAAAGUUGAUGAUUGAUGAUUUUUAUGAGUCAUUAUGUACAGUUUUAAGAAUGAUCCCAAGACUAUUAUGAGAAAUCAUUGCUAUUUCGAUAAAUUUAAAGUUGUGCUUCAAAGUAAAGGGUUAAAGAAAAAAAACUUUAUUUGUUCCUUUGAAGUUAUAAAAAUUAUUAAGCAGCGUAACGAGCAAAGUGUAUUUUCUGGUCACAUAACCUCUAGAGCAAAAGCACCAAAACCGAAGAUUUCUUCAUCCGUAAACUAGACCGAAAGCAUGACGAACGGAGUACGUGCGAUCAUAAGUCUAUAAAGAAUAAUAGCCUGUCCCUGAAAACGUAGUAUCUUCCUUAGAAGAGGGAACACUUUUAGUAGAUUUACUAAACGCGAGUGCAAUCGGUUGAGUGAAUGAGAAAUUCAAAUAUACGUUCUUUGAUACCAUCAAUUGAUCAAAAUGUAAAGUUUGAUGCAAAACAAUGUUAACUACAUUUACGUUCCUAUGGACAGAAUUCUGAAUCUUCAAUGUUUGUGAGUCUGUUUCAAAAGUUUUUAGUGAACUAUUUAUCCAUUGAUUUCUGAAUUUAUGUAUUUUGUGUACUAACUUUUUUUGUGUGAAUAAUGCAUUUAAUGUAAAAAUAAAGAGACUGCAUUUUCCAUGUAGCAUUCUCCAUGUUCACGUACGUAAGUUCUGCUCAUCGCAGUUACUACAGAAUUACACGGGUUCUGAGCUUGUACUGAGCCAACGUACUUGACCGUGUGAGAUGUUUCUUGAAAGUGCAAAAUCUCUCCGUUGCGUUUAACCCCUUUGUAAUCAGUUUACUAGAUUGUAAUCAUCCUAAUUUUUGUUGAAUGAACACAUUGUAUCAGAUAAUGGAAAUUUCAUGCAUUUUCAAAUGUUAUCGGCUGAAGUAAACAUUAUUUUUCAAUACUUAGAGAUGCUUUGGUGGCUAAGAACCGAUAUACGAUUGAAACGGUUAAAAAGCAUUUUUGAUUGAGAGUAGACAUACGACUAAAACGGUAAACAAGCUCUGUCUAUUGAGAGUAGGCAUACGACUGAAACAGUAAAAAAAAGCUUUGUUAAUUGAGAGUAUAGACAUACAACUGAAACGUUAUAAAGCAUUGUUUAGUGAGAGUAGACACGUCUGAAACGGUAAAAAAAGCUUUGUUGGCUGAAAAUAGACGUACGACUGAAACGGUAAAAAAAAAACACUUUUGUGUCAAAGAGUAGAUAAACAACUGCAAAGGUAGUGCUUAUUUGCAUUAAAAUCAUUAAGAGAUUACAGACAAAGAAGUCUUUCAGAGAAGGGGAUGAAAAAUUUUUGUAUGAAUAAUUUAUUGUAGUUCUGAAAAUAUUUGUAAUUGUGCUCAAAUGAUAUUUUAAAAGACAUAUUCUUCUAUGUGGAGAGUGGGCAUUUUUUUAAACUAUUAGCAUGGUCUAUAAAAUUGUAUCUUUACUAUUUUGUGCUAAUUGCCAAUUCAAUAUGAUUAUGUAAUUUCAAAUAAUUUUCAUUUAUAAAUUGAUAGUCGUAAAGUUAAUAGAAUCAUUAGAACGUUGUGAUAAAACUAUGAAUAACAUGUAAGGCAAUUUUAUGUAAUUUUCUCUGUUUAAUUUCUCCUUUUAAAAAAUCCAAUGUAUUUUCCAUACAGUGUUUGCUUCUUUUUGUAGCAUUAUAUAAUUUAAAA